AUGGAAACAUUUUGUAUUCCUUGGUCUUGUCUCGAUCUUUCAUCUAAGCAAACUGUUUCAGAAGAAAAACAACCAAAACCUCAGAAAUCAUUUGCUCAAGCAGUUUCAAACGUGUGCGAUAUUCCCCUGUCGCGGUUUCCUCAACCAUGUGUCAAAGGUGCCGAUCUAGCUAUCUCUAUUCCAGAAGUUGAUUACAUGGUUAGAAUGGAAGUUUGCAAGCAUAAUCUACAUGGUAGAAUCAUAUGGCCCAAAGGAGCAACCCCCCUAACGGUUGUUGCAUUGAAGAACAAGCUUGCACCCAUGUGGAAGGAUCUCCCAAAGUGGGGAAUCAUGUCUCUAGGUAAAGGUUUUUAUGAGUUUUCUUUUUCGACUCUUGAAGAUGUUAGAAGGGUUAGAUCCAUUGCCUCUUGGAAUUUAAACCCUGGUUUUUUUAAAUUAUUUGCUUGGUCGAAGGAUUUCAAUCCUAGGGUUCAACAAAAUGUCUCAGCUCAAGUUUCGGUUAGGAUAUGUGGCUUGUCAUAA